GCUGCUGCCACUACAGACAGGCGUUAGUCAUCAUACCGGGUGAGCCGAACUUGUGUUUCCACCUCAUACACACGUCCUUGGAAGCCGAGGUUGUUUCAGAUGUCUGCUCGUGUGUUGGUACAUAUUUCAGAUGUUAUGAGGUUUGACCCCUGCUUCCUGUUUGGCUCCCACCAGCAGAUGGCAGAGGGGACCGGUUUCUCUCCACUGUGACCUUGCCUUGCAGCUAAAGGGUCAAACAACCACCCACUUCCCACUGAACAAAAACAAGCAUACGCAUGCACAGGGGUACAUUCCCACCGUCUGCGACACAUAUUAGGACCACAUAAGAACAGUGGAAAAACAAGGCAGCAGCUGCACAAGUGGAGCUGAAGGGAAAUCAACAUCUAAUUCCACUAAAGAAGUGUGUCCGAUGGGUGGUGGGGCCACCAGGCUGUACGGCACCCUGACUCAGACCCUCAGCAGCAACUCUCCUCUCCCCCUCCCUCCAUCUCACCAGCUUGCAGUCACAAACCUGGAUCCAGCUUUCUGUCAGGAGCAGAAGGUGUCCCCCGUAUGUGCCCCUGAUCCAGUGGGGCUGCUUCGACAGUGUGAGGAGGCCCUCAGGGACCGACAGCCUCGCUUCCACAGAAAGUUCACUCACAUCAGUGAUGGAGACAGCGCCCCAAGCAGCCCCAUCAGGGUGAUGCAGUGGAACAUCCUGGCCCAAGCUCUCGGUGAAGGACUUGACAAUUUUGUCCAGUGUCCCCCAGAGGCCCUCAGCUGGUCCCGCAGGAAAUACCUUAUCUUAGAGGAGAUCCUCACCUACCAACCUCAUAUCCUGUGUCUGCAGGAAGUUGACCACUACUAUGACACCCUCCAGCCAGUUCUGGCAGGCCUGGGUUACAGUAGCAACUUUUGCCCUAAACCUUGGUCACCGUGCCUGGAUGUGGAGGGUAACAACGGCCCUGAUGGCUGCGCUCUGUUCUUCGAUCAGUCACGGUUCGAGCUCCAGGAUAGUGUGAACAUACGGCUCUCUGCAAUGAGGAUUCCAACCAAUCAGGUUGCCGUCGUGAUGAUGCUGCGUUGUCGGAGCACACAGAGAUGCGUGUGUGUGGCAGUGACACACCUGAAGGCUCGUUCUGGGUGGGAGUGGCUCCGCAAUGCCCAGGGCUCCGACCUCCUGCGACACCUCCAGAAUCUGGUCCAGAAACACUCCAGUGAUCCUGGGGCUGCCCCCAGCUCUGACAUUCCUUUGCUAAUAUGUGGAGAUUUCAACGCAAUCCCAACUGAGGAGGUGUACCGACGUUUCAGCGCAUCACCUCUGGGUUUGGACUCAGCCUAUAAGAAACUCAGUCCGGACGGUUUGACUGAACCACAAUACACAACAUGGAAGAUUCGGCCAACAGGAGAAUGUUGUGCCACUCUGGACUACAUCUGGUACAGUCAGGACACACUUAGAGUGGACGCAGUUUUGGACAUGCCCACUGAGGAACAGAUUGGGCCAAACAGGCUUCCAUCCUUUGGCUAUCCAUCUGAUCAUCUCUCUCUGGUUUGUGACUUCAGCUUUAAGUAGGAGAAGUGAGAGGGAAAUAAUGAUCCAGCGCAGAGGAACAGGCUGAGCUAAGAAGAGAUGGAGUCGACAUCGGCUCCUGGUUGGUUUCACUCAAGGAGAAGGCCUGCAGAUGAGAUGCCAAGAGAUGGAAGCUAGCUUCUGACUGGAUGGAAAAGUCAGAUAACUUAUGAUGAAGGUGCAGAGCAACAGCAUCGUCUACCUCCCCAAAGUCUAAUAUUAUGCGUGUGUUUCCUGCACAAUGUUACUGAUCUGUACCUUCAUCUGUACUCAAACACAAACCGUACAGUCAAACUAAUGAAUUGAUUGGAAACUUUUUUGUCUAAAUAUAUACAUAUAUAUAAAUAUAUGCAAGAAUAAAGUGUUUUUGCUGUA